GCAGAACAAAUGCUUCAUUUGAUGCCUUGCAAUCAAGAUUUACAAGAGUAGUAGCCCAGCAGUAUUCUCCACUGCAUCAUUCUUUACCCAUUUCCAGCCCCAUUUCUAGCAAAUGUUGCUCAGUAGCCAGACUGCAACCAUAGGCUACAACGGAGAAACAGACAGAGGGUGGGAAGUUGAGGGGUAUGGAAUAGAAAUCCUGAAGGACUUUGUUGUUUUGGUCUAUGAAGUAGUGAGGAAUUCUUCAGUGGCUCAGAAUACCCUGUGCACACACCUUGCAGUAUCCUUGUGUACGCUGCUGCAAACCUGUAUCAGGGACGCUGCAGAAUAAACCCCAUCAGCUGGAAAGAGAGGCCGACCCAUGGACAUCAGGCCGCUUCUAGUAAUACUUUCUGUGUGUGGGCAAAUGCAGGCCAUAACUGUAGACACUGAUUAUGGUGGCUUGCCUCUGCAGAUUGAGCGAUUUCAAGGGGAGCCCACACUUUUCACCCUCAGGAAUCGCAUGGCUUCCAGCUGGUCAUGGAUGGUGAGCAACCAGAACUGUUCUGCAAAAUGCAACUGUGCAAUUCAGUGGCCUACGGCUUUGUACUGUGACCACAAAGGCCUGGAGCAGUUUCCUGAAAGUCUUCCCUCCAGAACACAAUACCUUUUCCUACAGGGUAACACGAUCAGUGGCUUUAGCUCUACAGCCUUUGCCAAUACCACUAAUUUACGUUGGCUUAUUCUGGACCAAAACCAGCUUCUCAGUGAGAAACUUGAUGGUAGUUCACUGAUCAAUCUGACCCAAUUAGUGAACCUCUUCAUGAACCAUAACAACUUGACUGAGGUGCCAUCAGGGUUGCCUGGUGGACUCAAGCAGCUAAGACUGGCUUACAAUCAAAUUGAGAAAAUUGGCCCUGGAGCAUUUGAGAACUUAGAGAAUCUAACACUGCUUCUGCUUCAAGGCAAUCGUCUGAAAACUAUUGGAGAAACUGACUUCAAAGGCCUUUCACUUCUAAACCUUUUGGACCUCAGUCAGAAUCUCCUGGAAACUUUCCCCAAGCAUCUGCCUCCAUCUGUUCAGCAGCUAUACCUUUCACACAACGCUCUUACAGGCAUAGCCGAGGACAGCCUCCAAGGCUUUAACAGUCUCUGUUAUUUACGUCUACGAAACAACCGGCUGAAAAACGAUGGUCUGGCCCCUGGUGUCUUCAACGUGACUUCUCUAGUGGAACUGGAUCUCUCCUUCAACCAGCUAACUGAAAUCCCAGUUGUUCCCACCACCCUCCAGUACCUUUACCUAGAGGUUAACCAAAUUGGAGAAUUUAACACCAGCAGUCUCUGCAGGGCAGUGGGUAUAACGUCAUAUUCACAUAUCAAGAUAUUGCGACUGGAUGGCAAUAAGAUAAAGUAUCAUCAGCUUCCUCCUGACUGGGUGUACUGUCUCCGAAUCCUUCAAAAUAUUUAUAUCUGACCUGUUCCUGAUACUUUAAUAUCACCUGAUUCAUCUUUGUGAAGACUGCCUAUACUAUAAAUGCUGCAGAAUUUCACCUAAAAUAUAAUAUACAAGAUGCGUUUAGACUAGAAAUGAAAGGACAUAUUGUAAAUGAUUUCUCAUAUCUAUAAGGUCAGCUUUCAAAUAAAUAAUAUACAUGUCGAUCUUUUCUUAACAGUUUUCUCUGUUCAGCAGUUUUAUUUUUAACACAGUUGCUGUAUUGAUA